AGAGUCCAAUACCAUACGGACUUCUUCUGUAACCGGUUCAUUGAAAUAAUGCAAGAGUCAUGUGUAAAUCGCGCUGUCCUGCCUUAAACCGGGAAAUGUGACCUUGAUUUGUGAGCAUGAAGUUUGGGUCUGUUAAUGAGCUGGAGAUGAAGAGCUCCACAGGACUCUCCUCACACUCACUUCAGUGAUGCCGCCGCUGAAUCCAGCACAUCGCUUUCUGCUCACUUCAAGCAACGCAGAUCGUUCAUGCUCUCUUCAUUUGCGCUUGUAAUCAGAUCUAUCAUCAGGAAGCCUUUUUGCGCCAUAUAUCUCUUUACUUCAGCGCAUUUGGACUCAUAAUGUCUAGACUGAAGUUGAACGGUGCACUGAUUCUGUGCGUCCUGAUGCUGCCGUUCUCUCGGCCGAACAGUCAGGUGCUGGACUGUCGCGAAGUGCGCUCGUCUUUUCAGUUUUUGUACCCGGGGAUGAAAUGGACCCCAGAAACGCCAGUCUCAGGCUCAGAUCUGCAGGUGUGCCAGCCGAAAGGCCUGACCUGCUGUUCUCGAAAAAUGGAGGAGCGCUACUUGCUCAUUGCCAAACAGAAUAUGGAGUCCAGUCUCCAGGCCACCAGCGCCCAGCUGAAAGUUCUCAUCAUUCAGAAUGCCGCCCUCUUUCAAGAGGCUUUUGACAUGGUGCUCCGUCUGGGUCAUAAUUCCACUCUGACGCUGUUACGGGAGGAGUUUCCCAAUUUGGGGGCCGGAGCCAGUGGAGCCGUCACACAGUUAUUCCUGGAAAUGUCCCUCUACAUCCUGGGCUCUGAUGCUAACGUAAACGACAUGGUCUCAACCUUCUUCUCCCGACUUUUUCCUUUCACCUACCAGCGUCUCCUUGGCAACGGGGCAGUGACAAGCAUCUCGGAGGAAUGCCUCCGUGGGGCCUGGAGUGGAACCUCUGCAUUCGGAUCGUUUCCCAAGAUGAUGAUGACCCGGCUGUCUCGCUCGCUCCUGGCCACUCGGGUCUUCCUGCAAGCGCUGAACCUGGGCAUCGAAGUGGUCAACACCACCCAGCACCUGCGUGCGGGCAGGGACUGCGGCCGCUCGCUGCUGAAGCUCUGGUACUGCCCGCACUGUCAAGGCCUGCUGGAGGCCCGGCCGUGCCGCUCACUGUGUGUCAGCACCAUGGGGGCGUGUCUGGGGGGAGGUACAGCCCCAGUGACAGCUUUUGUACCAUUUUUAUAA